AUGCGACGAGACAAGGGUGGGAAUGGAGGAGUUAUUGUCAACAUUGCCUCUAUGGCAGGAAUCAACCCCAACCCUUGUGGGCCGGUCUAUGGGGCAACCAAAAGUGCCAUCAUCAUGUACUCACAAGCCUGGGCUAAAAACCCGGAACUAGCAGCCAAUGGGGUUCGAAUCAACGUGCUGGCUCCAGCAUUUGCUGACACAGCGCUGGUGGCAAAGAUGAAGGACACGACAACCAUCCAUCUACCCACGGUUGCUGAUCAGAUCAUAGCCAGGGUUGGCAUCAUGACGCCAGAGGAUGUGGCGGAAGCAUUGUUUGAACUUGUUGAUGACCAGAAUAAAACUGGAGCAGUUCUGAAAAUAGCAAAAGCCACAGGAAAAGAAUAUCAUACAGUUUAG